AUGUUAACUCAAGUCGCUCUCGCAGUCGUAUUCCUCGUACCUCUUUAUUUCAUCUUGAAGAGGGUCUUAUGGCCACAUCCACUCGACAAGCUCCCAGGACCCAAGAGCCCGUCAUGGUGGAAUGGCCAUUUUGACGAGAUAUUUGGGAUCAAAGGGCUUGAUUUCCAUUUCAUGAUGGCGCAGAGGUAUGGUCCUACUUCCUCCUUCAGAACCGUCUACGGUGAACGACAACUUUACACGUUCGACCCCAAGGCCAUGCAUCACAUUUUAGUGAAGGACCAAGGGACUCUAUUUGAAGAAGCACCCUCUUUCGUCGCGACCAAUAAAUUAAUGUUUGGUGGUGGCGUCCUCGGAACUCUCGGAGAGCCGCAUCGAAGGCAGCGCAAGAUGUUGAAUCCCGUGUUUUCGAUUGCUCACAUGCGAGAGAUGGUCCCAAUUUUUUACGAAGUCACUCAUAGGCUUCGAAAGACCCUCACCGCGAAAGUUCAGGAUGGGCCUCAGGAGAUUGAUAUGUUAGCUUGGAUGGGUCGUACCGCACUCGAGCUCAUAGGCCAAUCGGGAUUUGGAUAUUCCUUCGACGAAUUAGCAGACGAAAACCAUGCGCAUCCGUAUGUUAAGGCAAUGAAAGGGAUGGCGCCUCUUUUCUCUCGGGCUCACUUUGCUCGGACGUACAUUCUCCCCUAUAUCUCUAACAUCGGUACACCCGCUAUGCGUAGCUUCAUCGCUCGUUUUCUUCCAUGGAAAGAUUUCCAGGAAGGAAAGGGCAUGGCUGACUACAUGUGGGCGCUAUCUAAAGAGAUAUAUGAGGAAAAGAAGAGCGCUGCAAACCGUCUUGGGAAAGAGCUGAGCGGUAAGGAUAUUCUCAGUGUGCUCGUCGCGGAAAAUGGGAAGGCAUCAGAAGAAGAUCGCCUUAAAGACGAUGAGCUAACUGCCCAGAUGUCGACCUUGAUCUUUGCAGCAAUGGAUACUACCUCGAGCGCGCUCUCUCGUAUUCUCUUGCUACUAGCAUCCCACCCAGAAGUCCAAGCGAAGCUUAGAGAAGAACUCAAUGACGCGUUUCAGGAUGGCGAUAUCCCAUACGAUCAGCUAGUGUCCUUGCCGUACCUUGACGCUAUUGCACGGGAGACUCUGAGAGUAUAUCCACCCGUUCACCGGCUUCUGCGAACAACCCUGAAGGACGCUAUUCUUCCUCUCUCGAACCCAGUCACCUGCACAGACGGAACCGUGGUCAAUGAGAUAGCUCUGCCACGAAAUACGGACAUAUUCAUUUCGCUCGUGAAUUCGAAUAGAAACAAGGCCCUCUGGGGGGACGAUGCGGAUGAAUGGAAGCCUGAAAGAUGGCUAUCACCUUUGCCGAAGGACGUGGUCGAUGCUAAGAUUCCGGGAGUGUACUCGCAUCUGAUGACCUUUAACGCUGGAGGACGCUCGUGCAUUGGAUUCAAGUUUUCGCAGCUCGAGAUGAAAGUGGUCCUUUCCCUUCUCAUCCAAAGCUUUGAAUUUUCGGAUGCUGGCAAAGAGAUCUUUUGGCGGUCCACUGGUGUUACAUCACCCGUUGUGGUAGACUCUAAGUUGGGAGACCUCGCAAGCGAUCUUCCCGGGAUGCCAUUGAUUGUUAAACUCGUUGACAGGAAUUUGUAGAGGUUAAGCACCUUUAACGCGUCAACAGCAAUUAAUCGUAGUUGCUUGGUAUAAUCACUAUCUGUAUCGAUCCGCUUCCACUACUAGCAAAGGUCCACCCUGGG